AUGCCAAGCAGCGAAAACACACUGUACUCACAGGGAGUCAACUUUGGAAGCUUUGUCCAAGAAGGUGUUGAUGCUCGAACCGGACAAUAUACCUCCUCCAUCGCCUUGUAUGAGGCCCCGGCCAAAGCCCGUAACUGUGCACCAUUCAAGCUAUCUCUUCGGUUUAGCCCCUUGAACACUGCAAACAUUGGCUUCGGCAAGGGUUGGUCAUUGAAUCUUUCUCAGUACCAGCACAUUGCACCACGUAGCCUUAUACUCUCUACUGGAGAACACUACCAGGUCUCCAACAGUGGAGGUCUACUUGUCGAGGACCAAAAGCUGAAAAGCUUCAAGUUUCAGCAGAAAGGUUCCGAUUUCGAGAUUAUCCACAAGGACGGAAAAAUUGAACUUCUUUCCAACGCUCACAACGUCUAUAACACGAAUGUCCCUGUCAAAAUUUACGCAGCCAAUGGGCGCGCAUUGACUCUUGUCUGGAUUCCAAUUAAUGGCCAACCAAGACUGAGCAAAGUACAAGAUGGCGACGAGAUUUUGCUACAGAUCAACUAUCGAGAUCCGCACGUGGAGAUUGUUCAUUCUCCAGGGGCUCCAAGCCCCUCUACCUUCACUGCAGUAAUCAGAGGAGGUCAGCUACAGGAGUUUUGGCUGCCUUUGACAGAUGGUGCAAAAUGGAAGUUUGCUUACAUUGCUUAUGGGCCGCUCAUUUGUCUGUCCAACAUCCGCAGUCCAUUGGGAUUGGUGGAAGAGGUCACAUAUAAUUCAUCUGGGUUUAAAGUGCCACCAGGAGGCCCCUAUGAGUCCAUUCCAGUUGUCAGACAGCACAUCAUCAAGCCUGGAAACCAACAGCCUGCUAUCAAAAUGCUCUACGACUACGGCACUAACAACUUCCUCGGGUACGGAGCCGUUGAUCAUUGGAAAUAUGGCGAGGACAAUCUCUACCGCGUGAGAGACAACUACACAUACACUGCUACUGUAUCCGUCGAUGGUGGUCAAAAGACCAAAUAUACCUACAACAAAUUUCACUUAAUCGUUGAGACUAAGCGAGACCUAAAUGGAAAGCAGAUUACGCAAACUGUUGAAUACUAUGUCAAACCAAAUGUUGCAUUAGUGCAUCAGCCACCACAGUUCCAACUACCAAAAAGCUUUGACGAAUGGGGCAACCCUACUUCGGACACUCAGAUAGAUGGCGUCAAGACAACGCGUGCUUAUUAUCUGCCAAAUGGGGAGACCAGUAAAUGUCCUGCUGACCCUCAUGGUUUUCAACGCUAUUUAAAAGAGCAAACUAUCACCCCUCCCAAGAAGCCUGGCCAGGCUCCUGUGCGGACUACACGCCACACCUAUAGAGAGCUUCCUACAGCUCAGGGUGCGCCAAACCCCUCCUUUGUUCUACUCCAACAGUCUCAAUCUUUCGCGGAUAACGGCCCAUGUAACUGCAGUAUUGACAGGACAUAUGUUAGCCAGCUAGAUGAAAGAGACCAUGGCCGUUAUAAGCAGCAGACGUCAAUGUUGUAUGAUAAAAGUCCCAUGGUACAAUCCUGGACCUACCAGUACGAAGCCGAUCGAUUUAGUGAGACAACGCAGCUUCAGAGCUUCGAUAAUUUCCAAGUGAAAAACAAAACCAUUUUUUCUAUGGCUGAAGGACGAAUUAUGAGCCAUGUAGAUGAAGCCGGCAUUGAGACUCAAUUUACAUACGAUCAGAUUGGUCGACAAAUCAAUACUACAACUUCUCCAGGCACUGUAUAUGAAGCAACAGAGAUUCAUGAAUAUGCCUUUUUGGGCGAUACAGCAGGUUGCAGUCUCACUGUAACUGAUGCCAAGGGAGUGAAGACCCGAUCUACCACCGACGGUUUGCAGAGAGUUUGCCAAGUAGAGAGGCAAGACGAUGACGGAGAAUGGAAGCUUGAUGCCUACACAGGAACGUUCCGCACUGUACAGGAGCAAAGUUACAACGCACUUGGACAAUGCAUUAGAAUGACGGAUAUCGACUGGUUAAGGGCUUCGGACGGGCCCAAGAAACAGUCCGCCAGUCAUGACUAUGAAUAUGAUGACUGGGGAUAUAUGUGCAAGGUGACUGAUAGGAAUCAAGGCUCAGGGCAAAAGAAGGCCUCCUUCGAGUCUCAAGAUUAUCUUAUCCAGACAGCACUUUUUAAUGCAAAUGGUAGCAUGUAUAGCAAUGUUACCUACACCAAUGAUGGUCUAGGGAGAACAAUUCAAGAGAAAGACAGUCUUGACAAUACCAGCCAGUACACCUACGAUUGCUUCAAUCGUGUGAGCCAUACAACCUGGCAGGAUAAUCGUUUCGUAAAUACCCAGUACGCAGCUCAUACUACUGAUCCUCUCCCUGAAUCUAUCCAGGUAUCAGGUAUUUUUCUUGGCCAACAGCCUUUCGACGGGCUAAGCCGUGCAAAAAGUCGGCAAAUAGCUAAUCGUCAAACUCUUCUGUCCUAUGAAGGUAGCUCGCCUCAGCCUAGCGAUAUCACGACUCCUAAGAACGAUAAGCUUCAUUUGGACUAUGAGAAAGCUUUGAACUAUGCUCUGAAGGAUUUGGCAACCAGUGAUAAUCCGUGCAGUUAUCAGUACGACCCGAAAACAGCUGAAGUACGGGAGAGCACGAAUCCAUACUGUACAGAGGAGUUGGAUUAUCUGCCAUCGGGCUUGUUGAAGUCCGAAAGCAUAACUAUUGGUCAAGGAAUGGAGAUGCAGCUUUCGGCUAAGUAUUCUUACUCCAUGAAUGGUAAACUCCAGGACUAUACCGACGUUCACGGCCAAGACCAAGUACUAGAUUAUGAUGAUUAUGGAAGGCUUAAACAGCUAUCACAAGGACCAAUAACAGUCACACUCAAAUACGACGACGCGAACCGCCUUGCACAAAGUAUCGUACAUGAUAACAAGAAGGAUACGAGUCUAAUGACAGUCUUGGAUUACGAUGAUUUUGGGCGUGAGACCAAGCGUACAGUCUUCCAAGGCCCGACUGUGCUUUAUGUCUUAAGCCAGGUGAAAUAUGAUACGGAAAAUAGAGUCCAAAUCCGUGAAUUGAAAGACGGUAGUGGAAACACGAUCCGACAAGAAAACUUCCAGUAUGACAAUAUGGGCCGAUUGUUUGACUAUGAAGUUCAAGGAACCGAACUUCCAAUUGAUGAACAUGGACGUAAAGUGCUCCAUCAGGAGUACACAUUCACGGAAGUUGGUGGUCUGAAGCAGGUCACUACCCACUUCCAAGAUGACAGUCAGAACAUUGCUCGCUACACAUACUCUGAUAACGACCCCUGCCAACUCAUUCUUAUUUCAAACACGCACCCUGAUGAGAAACCACAGGUUAAGCUUGAGUAUGAUGACAAUGGAUGUUUGACCCAGGAUGAACAGGGCCAGACUCUGGAGUAUGACACUUCUGGUACCUUGAAAGCUGUACGCAACGAAGACCAGACGAUCUUGUGUCAGUACUACUACGACUCUCAUGGCAGAUUGCUUACUCAGAAAGUACCUGGCAAACCAGAUUAUCAUCUACAUUACCGAGGAGAGAUACUAGUUGCUGCUACGAGCGGCGGAGAGAGUAACGAGACAUCCACCCAGCUCUGGACUUCCGACAAUCACCAAUCUGUUCUCGCCUGGCUGGACACAAGUGAGCCCUCUCAAAUCUAUAACCAAGUCUAUACACCAUACGGUUUCAGCAACGCCCAGUCUGCUAUCGGUUGGAACGGACAGUGGCGAGACCCCGUUACUGGCUGGUAUCAUCUCGGAAACGGAUAUCGCGUGUAUAAUCCCGUCCUGAUGCGCUUCCAUAGUCCAGACUCUUGGAGUCCAUUCACUUCCGGCGAUAUAAAUUCCUACGCCUAUUGUUAUGGUGAUCCAAUCAACCGCAUCGACCCUUCAGGUCACUUUAGCAUAUUUGGUAUCCAGAUCACCUGGCGAAAUCUGGCCCAAGUUAUAGUCGGGUUUGCACUGAGUGUUCUAGCAGGUAUUCUCACGGACGGUGCCUCGGUGGCAAUCGAAGUCGGCGUGGAUCUGGCUGUUGCUGUUGCAUCUGAUGUUGGAACUGGUGCUGUAUACGACGUUGCCGCAGGGAGAAUCCCUGAUUUGCAGAGCGUUGGUAGCGAUUUUAGUUUCGGCGGUAUAGGAAAUAUGGUCAGCAGGGGUCUAUCUCGGGGUGCAAAUAAGGUUUUCAAGUCAGUUAGUGAGACGCUCGAACAGCUGCUCGCUGGUGCAGAGAAGCUACGCGCGGCAGGCGGUAAACCAGUUAUGCCUAGCAAGAUUGGCACGGUACACUCCUUCAAAAGAUUCAAAUUACAAGCGGAUCAAUUUAGCAAAUUCGAUUCAUGGAACAAAAUGAGUGCUGCAGAAAAGAAACUUUUCAACAAAGGUCUAAUGGAAAUGAAGGGUAGAAUCAAGGAGAUUGAAAAUAGAGAGCCCUGGACGUGGAUUCAAGCAAAGGAUUUGCCAAAUGUGGGAGGCAAAAAUGGUCCAGCGUCCGAAAAAUUUGUCGAUUUUCGUAGGUUGGUCCGGGAGGAGAGACUUUCUCCUAGACAGGCCGCCGAUCGAGCAGGUGAUAUGAACUUUACGAAAUUCAGAGGGUCGAAACCGCCACAGUACGAGAUCAGGACCUCUCAAGGUGAUAGAAUCUCGUUUCUGAUAGACAAAAAGAGUCGGGAGGUCACUAUCCUCCAGGUUGGGGGACAUUCUUGA